AUGGACUUUUUGCCUAGUAAAUAUAAUAGGGACAUUAAAGCAUUGAAGAUGGAGGUAGAGAGGCUAUUAAUGGAGAUAAUACAGAGUCGAAAGGAUGGUGUAGAGAUUGGCCGAAGCAGUUCAUAUGGAAAUGAUUUACUUGGCAUGCUGCUGAAUGAAAUGCAAAAGAAGAGAGGCAAUGGCUUUAGCUUAAACCUACAGCUGAUCAUGGAUGAAUGCAAAACUUUCUUCUUUGCUGGACAUGACACCACUGCUCUCUUACUAACAUGGACUGUCAUGCUCCUUGCAAGCAAUCCCUCUUGGCAAGACAAAGUUCGAGCCGAGGUGAAUCGAGUCUGCAAUGGUGGUUCUCCCUCUGGUGAACACCUCUCAAAACUCACCUUGUUGAACAUGGUGAUCAAUGAAUCACUCAGGCUUUAUCCCCCAGCUUCUGUUCUUCCCCGUAUGGCGUUCGAAGAUAUCGAGCUAGGUGACCUCCAUAUUCCAAAGGGUUUAUCAAUAUGGAUCCCAGUGCUUGCCAUACAUCACAGUGAAGAAAUAUGGGGUAAGGAUGUGAAUGAGUUCAACCCCAAUCGGUUCGCCUCCAAAUCUUUCUCUCCUGGCCGCCAUUUUCUGCCUUUCGCCGCUGGUCCAAGGAACUGUGUUGGCCAGUCUUUUGCUUUGAUGGAAGCUAAGAUCAUUUUAGCCAUGUUAAUAUCUAAAUUUAGCUUCAGUAUUUCAGAGAACUAUCGACAUGCCCCAGUAAUUGUUCUCACAAUAAAACCCAAGUAUGGGGUUCAAAUCUGCUUGAAGCCCUUGAAUCCAUGA